AUGGACUAUUCCAAACCCAUGAAUAUCGUGAUUAUCGGCGGAUCCAACACGGGCCUAAUGCACGGCAUCGUACUCCAACGCCUCGGCCACCACAUCCGCAUCCUCGAACGCAACCCCUCGGACAUCCGACAUGAUCUCGCCGCCGGCAUCACCACACAUCCAGAAUUCGAGGAAUUUAUGAAAGCGCACGAUCGGGUCGAUGAACCAUGGUCUAUUAAAUCACCUGGGGUGCAAUUUUUGGAUAAGGAAGCAAGGGUUAAGAGGAAGAUGGAGAGACCGUUGCAGAUGACUAGUUGGAGUGUGGUUUAUCAUCGGUUGAGGAGGAAUUUUGAUGGGUUGAGGAGUGAGUUUUGUGGGGGGGAGGUGGUGAGGAAGGGGGAUGGAGAUGAGGGGAUGGGAGAGGGUGAGGGAAAAGCGGAGUUCUUGACCGGGAUGAAUGUUAUUUCUCUAGAGAGUAUUGAGGAUGGUGUUGAAAUCAUAUAUCAAGAUCUCAAAGCCAACAACGCAGAAGAGAAACUUCAAGCCGACAUGGUAAUUCUAGCCGACGGCGCUAAUUCCAAACUAAGAGCAACACUUUUUCCAGAUGUCAAGAGAGAUUAUGCGGGAUACGUUGCUUUUCGAGGAACCGUUCCUGAGUCUGAGGUUUCGGAGGAGGCGAAGAGGACUUUUGAUCCGAAUUUGACGUAUUUUUCUUAUAAGGGCGGAUAUAUUUUGUUAUACAUAAUCCCCGGUCCAAACGGAUCUCUCACCCCCGGCCACCGCCGCUACAACUGGGUGUGGUACCACCCCCUCCCCUCCGAUUCCCCCUCCUUCACCCAAAUCAUGACCGACACCACCGGCACUCUCCACCGUACCACACUCCCCUCCGGCCUCAUGAACCCUGCCGCCUGGGCCCCCUAUCUCUCUCUCUCCCAAUCCUGCAUGACCGCCCCAUUCGCCGAAAUCAUAUCCAAAACCAGCUCUCCCUUCAUAACCGCCAUCAACGAUUCCUCCGUCCCUCGUGCCAUCGUCCCAAAUUUCAAUAAUAAAGUAUUGAUUACAGGCGAAGCACUAAAUCUGAUGAGACCGCAUAUGGCGUUGAGUACGAGUCAGAGUGCGAUGCAAGCACUACUGUUAGAGAGGGUUUUUAGGGGGGAGAUGGGGUUAGGGGAGUGGGAGAAAAAAGUGCUGAGGUGGGGGUUGUUGGGGAAGUGUAAGACGAAUGCGUUUGGGUUGUGGAAUUUGUGGGGGGUUUGGAGGGCGUUGCCGUGGGUGGGGAGGUUGAUUGGGGUUUUGGUGGGGGUUUUGUGA